AUGCUUUCGUCUCCCAUGCUUGUGCUUGUCUUUGUGGACAUGGUGGAGUUGGUAGUAAUAAUCGCUGCCUCUUUCAAACUGGUUAUGCAUGUGAUCAUUGUGAAAGUUUGUGUCGCUUAUGAUGAGAACCGUGCUUGUGAGAAGAGAAUUGGAUUGAUGGAAGCAAUGGUAGGGGACAAGGUUACUAAAGAUAUCAUAUACGAAAUCUUGCUAAGCUCUACUUUCAUCGCCCAGCAUCUCAUUCAAAACGAAGACGUUCAACUCCUCCUUCACAACCCUCAAUAUGGGAUGUACUUAUUGUACAAGGAUGACGACAACGACGAUGGCCGUUCAUCAUCUACGCUUAGAGAGUAUACCAAUCUUGACAAUCCGUACCAUCUUUACGACGGAGGGUUGGCAUCCAAGUUUGUCGGAACUUGUAAGGGUCUCGUGUGCCUUGCUGCGGAAGACAUUGACUCUACCGCAUUAGUUUGGAACCCUAGCAUCAGAAAGUUUGUGGUUUUGCCCAAGUCUGGUGUUACCUUUUGCCAUGAAUAUGAUUAUCUAGAAGCAAGCUGUGGCUUUGGCUACGACAGGAGUGCCAAUGACUAUAAGAUCUGGUCGUUAGCCACGGGCUCUUGGAAGACUCUCAAUACUGCUGCUGAUCCUGAGGAAAGUGACAUUAUGCUCCGGCCCCGGCACUUUUUUGUUAGUAAUCCGCCUGCUUUUGUCAAUGGGGCUCUGCAUUGGACUCAAGCCAGAGCGCACACCGGGAACAUUUCACUUCUGUCAUUUGAUAUGUCCGAUGAAGUAUUCGGCAAGAUAGCAAUACCACCAGAAGCUUCAGCACAAACAAUUGACCAUCUUGCUCAAGGACAUUUCAUGGUUUCAAGGUACAGAGAGUCCCUUGCAUAUUAUGAAACCUCUCGGGAGCGGAAAGGAAGUGUUGGUUGGGGCCUUCUUCACAUUCACAUGUGGGUGAUGGAAGAGUAUGGUGUGGCCAAAUCAUGGGCUAAACGAUUUGCAAUAUGCCUGGAUCUGGAUCUAGGCGUUUCUAGACUGAUUGGUUGUAGAAAAAGUGGUGAAGUUGUUCUCAGAGUGAUGGAUGACGACGGUGCAUAUCGGUCUGUGAACCCUAAGACCAAGCAAGUUAAGAGACUUCGAAUUGAAGGACAAUGGAUUUAUGAGGUCAUGGAUGCUUUAACAGAGAGCGUUGUCUUGCUUGACCAGCCUAAUGUAUUUACAUACUAA